AUGUCUCACUUUACAAAUGAAGAUGAAGCUCUGUUACAGUCUAUGCUUAGGCAGUUGCUGCAGAGUGUGAAGGAAAAAAUCACUGGAGCCCCAUCAGUAGAAUGUGCAGAAGAGAUUCUCUUGCAUUUGGAGGAAACAGAUGAGAAUUUUCACAACUAUGAGUUUGUGAAAUACCUUAGACAAUAUAUAAAUAAUACUGUGGGAUCUGUGAUUGAAGAAGAAACAGAAAAAUGUACUUCUGCUCAGAAUCAGGGUGAAGUAUCUGGCUAUGACACGCUUGUCCAACACGUUACUAAGAAGACCCGUGAAUCAAAAGAAUACAGAGAAAUGAUGCAUGCCUUGAAGAAUGUCAUGAUGGUUGUGGUAGAAUCUUUGAUUAACAAGUUUGAAGAAGAUCGGAUGCGUAGUAAGGAGCUGGGUGGUAAAACAAAGAACGAACGUCAGAGUGGCUAUUAUACAGACAACUGUUCUGACAGUGACUCCUCAUUCAACCAAAGUUACGCAUUCAUGAGUCAAGAACAAUUGCAGCUGCUUGCAGAAAGGCUUGACCCUGUUCAGCCUAAGGAAGUUCGCCAGGAAGCAUUGCGGACACUGUGCUUUGCUCCUCCCUCUGAUAUACUGAACUCUGAGAGUUGGCCAAAUCUGCGUAAGCAUCUAACGAUGUCUCUGUCAGAUCCUGAUGCAACAUUCAGUGAGAAAAUUCUUAGGUUCUAUGCAAAAACAUUUUCUUCUUCUCCAUUUAAUAUGACAAGAGAAGUCUAUACAAGUUUAGCAAGACACUUGGAGUUGUACUUUCUUUCUGGAGAAUAUUCUCUUCGUAUUUCAGCUGGUCUGGAUGUAUCUAACACAGACAUAAAUCGUUUACUUAAAAAGGUCCGCCUUUUAAAUGAGUACCAAAAGGAAGCUCCAUCUUCCUGGAUACGUCAUCCAGAAAAGUACAUGGAAGAAGUAGUGGAGAGUACAUUGUCACUUUUGUCAGUAAAACACGAGCCUAAUCAUCCUGCCUCUCCAGAUUUUCUGAGUCCAGUCUACUUCUUGGCUCUGCUAGAUAUCAAAGCAGUAUGGUUUAAAAAGUGGACGCAUGCGUAUUACAGCAGAGCAGUGGUAUUUAGGCUUUUGGAAAAGAAGUAUAAAUCUUUGAUUAAUGCAGCUGUCCAGCAAUGUCUUGAUUAUUUUGAAUUUUGCAAGGCAGCAGUUAAUAAAAAUUCCAGAGUCAAUGAUUUCUCCCAGCAGCAUUGUGAUAACCAGAACUUUUCUUACACUGGACCAGAAUUGCAGUACGUCUGUUUUGUUCAUUCACUAUGCCUUCUAGGAAGAUUGUUGAUCUAUAAGCAAGGCCGAAAUCUCUUUCCAGUACAGCUGAAAAAUAAAAAAGAUGGUGUAUCCAUUACCGGUCUGUUGGUAUUAUUUACUCAGCUUAUUUAUUACUCUCCAAGUUACCCAAAGACAGCGUUGGCAGUGCAUACAGACAAUUAUUCUCCAGCAAGUCUUGUUAUGGAGAUUCUGCAAGUUUUUUGUGAUCAAACAGGAUGUGCUGCUGAAUGUUUAUAUACGGAUGCAGUGAUAGAUGCCCUACUUCAUCCUGUUCAAAGUUUACUGAGUGGCACAGAGAUGUGUAUAAAUUGUCUUGAAACCACUUUAAUUGAUGUAGCUGAUAUUUUGGCAAGGAUUGCUGCUGUAGAAGAUGGUCUUUCUCUCCUUCUUUAUGGAGAAAAUGAAAAAACUGCCAAAGAUGAUAGUCCUACAGCUGUUCAUGUAAUUGUUCAGUUUACAAAGAAACUUCUUCAUGACGACAUUUCUCUCUUAUCUGGAUCCGAGCAUUUGCCAGUUGUUAAAGGAGCUUUCAUUUUUGUAUGUCGUCAGAUGUACAGAACUUGUGAAGGCCUGCAGAUGGUGAUUCCUUAUGGCUUGCAUGAAUCUAUUGGAGAGGCCUGGAAAAAGACAAGUUUGCUUUCAGAAAGAGUACCCACUCCUGUAACUGGUGCGGACUCAACUUCAUCAAUAAGUCUAGAGUCAAAAAACAUUUUGUUAUGGGAAGAGACUUUGUUAGAUGCCUUGCUAAAUUUUUCUGUCACACCCAAAGGACUAUUUCUGCUUCAUAGUACAGGUGCUAUGAAUGACUGUGUGAACUUUAUGUUCAGCAGUUUAUCAAAAAAACUCCAGACAAAGGAAUAUGAAGAGUUUGGUAAUAGAGUGAUGGUUACACAGAUGGCAACAACACCAACAGGUGCAGUAGCUCUACAGAGUUCAGGCUUUAUAAAGGCACUUGUAACUGAAUUGUGGGCUCUUUUGGAGUGUGGAAAAGAUGAUUUGAGGAUAACCCAACCCAAAUCUACUCCAGUUGACCCUAUUGACCAAAACUGUCAGAAGUCUUUUCUGUCUCUGAUAAACUUGCUCACUUACCCUGCAGUUUUUGAGCUCCUGAGUAAAAAAGAUAUACCAAACAAACCAAUGUAUUCACUUCGUGAAGUACCUACAGAUAUUAUUGAUAUCAUUGACAGGCUUAUAAUUUUGAAUUCAGAUGCUAAAAUUCAUUCCUUAUUCAGUUAUGAACAAUCACAUAUCUUUGGUCUCAGAGAUUUUAUAAUUGAUGGUCUAUCAGUGGAGAGAAACCAUGUUCUUGUACGGAUAAAUCUGAUUGGAGGACCACAGGAAAGAAUUUUGCCUUUGAGAGUACUAAAUAAGGGCAGUGAUCCAUAUCCUUGGCCAAUGUUUUCAUCGUUCCCUUUGCCAAAGUGCUAUCUUGCAGAAAUUCCUAGGAAAGCUGAGUUCAGACAAGAUAAAGAUCUUGACAAGCUCUUAUCACUCUUUAAAAAUCCAGAGAAGCAAACCAGGUGGACAGAAAUUUGUAGAAAACAGUUCUGCAAAGUCAUGAAAGCGAGACCAGAUAUCAUCAGCGGAACAAUUUUGGCAGAAUUAAUUGAAAAGUUCGUGUCACAUCUUUCUGAAAGCCGAUCAGAUUGUUAUUUCAGCACAGGAAACUAUGAAGCCAUGGAUGCAGAUGUGACGAGUGAAAGCCUUUCAUCUGUGCAGCAGCUUGGUGUUGAAAUGACAGUCAGAUAUGGAAAAUUCCUAAACUUGCUAAAAGACCAUGCUGAAAAUGGGCUGUGCUUUGUGUUAAUGAACUGUGAGAAAUUUCUGAAAAAACAGCAAAGAACUGUGGUAUCCUCGCUUUGCUGCUUGAGGGAGCACUAUGCUGGCUACGACUGGUUUGCAUCUUCUAUCUUCCUCAUAAUGUCAGGGGACGGGGAGAAGACACUGAUGUUUCUUCAGCGAUUUUCACAUCUUCUUGUUUCAGCAUUUCUCUGGCCACCAAGACUGCAUAAAUCUAUGCAUCUGCCUAUUACCACAGUGGAAUCUGGCAUCCAUCCAGUCUAUUUUUGCAGUGCUCACCACAUUGAAAUGUUGCUGAAAGCUGAGUUGCCACUUGUCUUUUCAGCCUUCCACAUGUCUGGUUUCACUCCAUCCCAGAUUUGUCUGCAAUGGAUAACUCAGUGUUUCUGGAAUUACAUGGACUGGAGCGAGAUCUGUCAUUACAUUGCUAUAUGUAUUUUCCUUGGUCCUGAUUAUCAAAUAUAUAUGUGUAUUUCUGUGUUCAGACACCUACAGCAAGACAUCCUGAAGCACACCGAAGACCAAGAUCUCCAGGUUUUUCUUAAAGAAGAAGCACUCCAUGGUUUUCAAGUGAGCAAUUAUUUAGAAUACAUGGAAAGCUUGGAGGCAAUCUACAGACCUAUGCUGCUGAAAGACAUGAGGAGCAUAAGAGUGCAGAAUACAUAG